GAGACUGCGGCUACGUUCCUUGUAAAGGCGUAAACCCUACUAUUAUAGCAGAAAUCUGUGUCCUUUCUGCAGACUGUACUUAAUGUUGUCUGUUCCUGUUCGUUUUCCUGUAACACACGUUGAAGUGAAUUGCACAAUGGACAAAGACGCUGUGCUUACUCACAUCCUGAAACCAAAGGGCACGUCAACACUCCUCGGAGGAGAACAGCCUAUAAAUGUUAUAAACAACAAUAAGUAUAUCCCCCCACUGACUUCUGAAGCUCAUGCGACAGACAGAAAUGUGGAAGACAGCUUGCUCUCCCUUGAUAGUGCCAUCCUUACUGCUCUGAGCAGUGAAUGUAAAACUGUGGUGCUGGUUGGUCCUGAAGGAUCAGGUAAAACCACCACUCUGCAGAGGUUGGUUUUGGAUUGGGCGAAAGGACAACACCUUCAAAACUAUAUGUUUGUUUUCCACUUCCGGUUCAGGGAGUUGAAGUAUCUUAAUAAGAUACUUUCCUUGGAGACAUUAUUGUUGCACCAUCAUGGUCUCAUUCAGUCUGAGUCAUUACCCUCAGUCCUGCAGAAUCCUGAAAAAGUGUUGUUUGUUUUUGAUGAUCUGGAUCAUUGCAAACAGAGCCUGGACCCCUCCACCCAAACCCUCUGCCCUAGCACUUUAAAGGCGGUCUCCAUGUCCUGCUUAGUGGCCAGCUUGCUGCAUGGAUCACUUAUGAAAGGAGCUACUUUUGCAGUGGCAUCCAGACCAACAGAAAGUCUCAAGUUUAUAGGUGGUACUCAGAUGGAAGUAUUGGGGUUUCUGAAGCCACAAAGAGAGGCCUACUUUAAAGGGUUCUUUGCUGACCUAGGUGCAGCAAAUGAAGCACUGCAGCACAUGGAAAGGACUCUUGGCUUCUAUGAUAUCUCCACCUCCCCAAGAUUUUGUUGGACAGUGUGUUCUAUUUACAAAUCUCUGAUGGAUGCUGAAGCAAAACUUCCUGAGACAGUAUCUCAGCUGUAUGCAGACAUCCUAGUUUAUCUGAUUCAGACGCUGUCACUGAGCAAGGAGUGCAAUAGAGAACUAGUGUUAGCCCUUGGUAGGAUGGCAUCCCACUGCUUCACCAACCAGCAGUUGAGCUGUUACCAAGAGGAAAUUGAUGCCUUUGGUUUUCAGCAUCUUCUUACAUCAGUUGGGGUUUUCUUGCAAGUCGACUUAGAGCAUUCAAGCACACCUGUCCUCUCCUUCCACUCCCAGCUGAUGCAGGAGUUCCUGCUUGCUGUAUCCUUCUUUUUGGAUGAGUCGACGUCUGAGGGUGCAGAGAAGAUGUUAGAAAAACACACAGGUGUUCAGUUUCUUGAUGGCUUCUUGUCAGCACUCUCAGGGCCGAUUCAGCGGCAACCUCUGGAGACCCUGCUCGGCAACUUCAACUCAGAUCAAAUCAUAGAUUUCAAGAGCUGGUUUAAAAGAAGCUCAGAGGUGACACUGAGGGGAUGCUACAAAGAGAAGCACCACCGCUAUUUUCGUCUGCUUCACCAAGCUCAAAAUGAGAGCUUGGUGAAAGACAUUGUAACCCCCUCAGCAAGAUUAGGCAUCAGCUACGGAGACCUGAGCCUCCAGGACUGUGUGACUCUGAAUUAUGUUGUGACGUGCCUCGGUGGGAUGGAGUUCUUGAAUCUGUACCAUACAAGAAAUUUGAGUGAGGAGCAAGUGGAAAGGCUGGCUCCAAGUAUGAGCUUGUCUCAAAAAAUAAACCUCUCAAACUGCUGUUUGAGCACCGGAGCGGUCCCUCACAUGGCUUCAGCUCUCAGCAGAGGAUCCACCAAGGAGCUGAAUCUGUCCAACAGCCGCCUUGGAGAUGAAAAGUUUAAAAUCCUCUGUGCUGGACUCAAAGACAGUAAACUACACAGUAUGAAUCUUGUAGUAUGCAGACUGACAAAGGCAAGCUGUGAAGAUCUGGCGUCUGUUCUGAUCUCAGGCACCCCUCAGCUGUGUGUGUUAGACCUCAGGCACAAUGAAAUCGGGGAUGAGGGCUUAAUCAGUUUGUGCAAAGCCCUGCAGAGUCCUCUAUGCAAACUACAGGAGCUGCUGGUUCAAGGCAAUGGAUUAACUGCAGCAUCCAUGGAGGCUCUAUCAGCAGCUUUGUGUUCUGGCCAAUCAGAGUUGAGAAAGUUGGACCUGACAAACAACACGAUUGGCGACAGAGGAGUUGAGGUCUUGUGUAAGGCUCUGCAACACCCACUUAGCAAACUAAAGGGCCUCAAACUCUUUGAUAGUGAGCUGACAGGGACAUGCUGCCCUUACUUCAAGGAGGCGUUGAUGUCAGAGCACUGUUCUCUGUCUGAGCUGGAGCUGUCAGUGAAUGAUCUGGGCCAGGAGGGGGCGCUGCUGCUCUGCCAGGCUCUCAGUCGACCUGAAUGUCCAGUAGAAAAUCUCGGCUUGAAACGAUGUGAGCUAACUGUGGCAGUCUUCAAAGAACUGGGCUCAGUGCUGAAAAGUGGGACGUCUAAACUCAAGUCUCUGAUCAUUGGUAUCAAUAAGGUCGGAAACAAAGGAGUUAAACAUCUUUCAGAUGCUAUUGCACAUCCAAACUGUCUGUUGGAGGAACUGGAUGUUGAGAUGUCUGGUCUAACUGAUGCCUGUGUUGAGGACUUGUGUGCUGCUAUAAGAGCCAGUCGGACUUUGAAGAGCCUGGAGCUGAGAAACAACCUGCUAACUGAUGCAUCCGUCCCAGCUCUCGUCCAGGUCAUGCAGGACAGCCCAAACAUGCUGGAGAUGAACCUAAAGUACAACGACUUCAGCGAAGAUGUUUUCGAUAUGCUGGAAGAGUGUGAUAGAAUAAGGUACUGAGGAAACCUGAUGAGGAUCACAAACAGUACGGUACAAAUGAAUGUCAUGUGCAUUCAUCAGUAUUUUUUGUGAUGACGUGUAAUGCUUUUCUUUGAUCAACAAUAUCUAUUAUAAUAGAGGUACAAAGUGACCGAAAAAGCACAACAAAUUAAACUCUGGCAAAGUAUAAUUUGAGCAUCUUUUGCCACAGUCAUGGUCAGUUGUCAUAAAUACACUCUGACUGGGUCACAUCUUGAAAAUGAACCAAAUAUGCAACUAUAUGCAGUUUAUAUUUAUGCUUGUUUUUGCAUUUUUUCUCCUGUUAGAUACUGAUAAAAUUAAGCAUUUAUUCUGCGCCAAAGAAAGAAAAAAUGAAUGUUUGCAUUCAUAUUGUAAAGACUUGAAACUAUCAAUGAUAUUUUGGUGGGAUUAUGGACUUAAGAGGUGAACCCUGUGUUCCGAAUAACAUAAUUUCUUCUGCCGGUUGUAUGUACAAACUCAUGCAGUAUUAACAGAUAGAUGUGGAUAUACAGUUUGUCUCAGUCGCUUUGGUACAUUUCUCGAAUCAUCCUCAACAUUUACAAAACAGUAAAUGCAUUUCUCCAAACAAUUCGUACAAAAAGCAAAACACCAUGGAUUACCUGCAAAAGCCAGUAUCUUGCUCAAAAUCCUCAGUUCAUCUCUCAUAAGUAAAUAUCUGUCAAUGAACAUGUCAGUGCCAUCAGAGUGACAAGUCCUUGUGUCAUUGUGUACGGAUAAGACAGUCAAAUUUCUUAGUCAUGUUGUCAAUAUAACAGUGUCCUCUGCAGGGACGUUCUGAUGUAAACUAUGGCUAAAGUGUUGAUGACAGUUAUUGUUAAUUGUAAGUUACACCUUAGUGUAUGUGGGAGAUUGAAUGCAGAGACUGUCUUAUCCAGCCUCUCCAGGCAUCUGCUGUGAUGUCUUAACAAGCAGCAUUCAUGGCAUCCACAAGGGUCAUCUGUGUAUGUGGCUGGCGAUCAUAUACUUUCCAGCUCCACGCUGAGAAAAAAUCCUUGAUGGGGUUAAGGAAUGGAACAUUUGUCUGCACCCUUCGACCAGCCUCGGCCAUUGUAAGCCCAUGAUUGAGAACGUGGUCUACAAGUGUGGGUCUUAUCUCAUCAGGAACGCGCAUACACUUGUGCUCAUAAGUUUACAUACCCAGGCAGAAUUUGUGAUUUUUUUGGCCAUUUUUCAGAGGAUAUGAAAGAUAAGAGAAAAACUUUUUUUUCACUCAUGGUUAGUGGUUGGGUGAAGCAAAAUUUUUAUCAAACAACUGUUUACUCUUUUUAAAUCAUAAAGACAACAGAAACUACCAAAGAAACCAUAAAUUCUGCCAGGGUAUGUAAACUUAUGAGCACAACUGUAUGUCCUCUGCCUCUUCCUCUGUUUUGCCUCCCAACUCCUCCACCACGCAGCCUCACUCCUCUUCCUCUUCUUCUUCUCUCUGGCUGUUGACCCAGUCCAAUUCCUUGUCCUUCCAUUGUCAGACAUUGUAACAUUGUGUUGUGCUCCGGCUAUAUAGAUACUCGCCAGUUGAUGGUUCAUAAGAGGCACCUUUGAGCUAUGUCAGAAAAACUGGUUGAUCAUUGGUUGAUCUAAUGCUUCACACAUUUCCCUUCAUUAGAGAAAGUCAAAAUUCACCUGGGAGCAAUUUACCAAUUCAGGACAGAUUUAAUAAAAAGUCUAAUGGAAAUUUACAAAAAUAUGACUGACAUAUUCUGACAACAUGUUGAAGACUUAUGCGAUGAACUAACGCCUAAAUGUUGUGGAGGGUGAGACUAUUCAACAGAGACCCAUUAUAAUACAUUUUGAUCCACAUGGCAUAAGCACUUGAUACUGUAGGAAGCAGCAAGUAGAUUUGAGAAUUUCAAUUCUGAUCUGAGAAAUGUACCAAAGCAACUGAGAAAAAGUGUAAAUUAUAAUGAUAUUGCUUUGUCAUGACUUGCACCUUGAACUUAUGACCCUCUUCUUCAUACAAGUCUCACUUCUAAGCUGAAGAGUUGAAUAUUAUUAAAAAAAAGUGGCCACAGACCAUUAUGUGAGACAUGACUAGAAACCUGAAGAGCUCUACAGUUUUCAAUUAGUAGCACACCAUCUGUAUCCCCAAUUCUAUAGUAUGCAGUAUUAUCAUAUGAACAACAGUAAAAUUACAUUUAGACUUUGUAGUCAUUCUCAUACUGAUAUUAUAUGUUGCUAUUAAGUGUCUCAAUGGUUAUUUACUCUCUUAAAAAGCCCUCCAGCUUCCUUUGUAUUACAGUUUUGUGUCCUUGCUCUCGCAGCAGCCUCAGUAGAUGUUCGUUUUUUUUCCACUGUGCAGUGGAUUGUGGGUCAGAAUUGCCAAAAAAAGCAUACAGGCUUGCACACAGCAAAAUGUGACCAGAUGAAGUAGGACAUCCUGGUAUUUCUGGGAUAACUCAUUCGGCAAACAUGUUUCAGGACAUACUAAAUCUUCGUCAGAAUAAAUGAAGUAUAGAUUUUGAACGCUGCCCGAGGCCUCAUUAACAAGAUUAAAAUAAUCAUCCUGCCAUUUCCUUAAAAAUAAAGUUGAAGUUAAAGGACUCAAGUUUUGGCAAGGCUCAGAGAAGCUUGUUCAUGUUUGUUUUUACAAGAUAUAAUCCCUGCAAUAGUUUACAGAUAUCAGACAGGCUGCAGCUCAUUCAGACAACAGCUGUUCUAGUCCCCAUGACAACUUUCUAACCAGCGCCCGUCUGCAGCUCAGUGGAGCCAUUUCUUCUAUCUCAGAUCCAUAACAAACCUCAGGAGAACUUUACAGACCAUACCUGUGCUCUGUUGACUCAAGGCUUUCACUUUGUGGCUAGAAGGGCUGCCUUUUUAUAUUUCUGCACAACUUAAAUAUUUUAAAUCAUAUGGUUUAGAAUGUUUUUUCAUGUUUUUUUGUCCCUGUCUGUUUCAUUUUGUAUGCUUAUGUUUAUGUAUGAAACACUUUGAAUUACUUUUCAAUGACAAAAAGUUUUAUAUAAAUAAAUUUGCCUUGCUCUCCUU